UCUUGGACUCUUGGUCGGCACGCUCCAAUCGCGCUCUAUAAGUACUGGUGAAGAAGGUGAAAUGUAGAACCAGACCCCCGAUUAUUUCGUUCGUUCGUUCGUUAUUUUUUGUUGGAAAUUUUAGUUUUUCUUUGCAAAAAAAAAGAAAAAUAAACAAACAAAGAAAAGAAACAACCGUAAAUGCGAUACAAACAUACGCGUGCGACAAAAGAAAAAAUCACAUUCUGUUUAUUUGUUAAGUUUGCUGUUCUUCUGUAAAUACAACAACAAAAAAGUGCAAAACAAAAUAAAUCGAAAUCGCUUUUUGGGGGAAAGUGUUAAAAAAAAGUUGAUGAAGAAGUAGUAGCAAAAGAAGUGGAAAGUCGAAUAAUUAAUACCCCCAACCGCUGAAAAAGAACCAUACCAGAGUUCUUAACGAAUCAAAAAAAUAAAUAAAUAAAAAGAAAGUAUAAUAACAACACUCUACCGCAUACUACUUACAAUUUAUAUAUACAAAAAAUAUAUAUAUACUACCUACAUUUAUAUUUGUUAAAACAAAAAUAUCAGUGUUGUCUGUUGAUCUGAAAACACAUACAUAUUCCUAAAGAAAAUCCGACGUGGAUAUUUCUAUCCUAUUUAUGCUGUGGAUUUUAAGUUUUAUGUUGGACCAACCAUCACCACAACUACUGCUCUGUUAACAACGCGGGUGUACGUUUGCGUGUAAAUGUCUAAGAAAUUAUCAAUUCCAUUUCUGUAAUAAAAGUAAUAGUAAAUCGAAAUCGCGUGUGCAAUUCUUUGCCAAAAAGUGUUUUUAUCUUUGUUUGUGUUGUCAUUGUUGUUAUUGGUUAACAACAACAACAUCAUCAUUACCAUCAACGCGUUCUCGUUUGUCGUUAUAAUAUCGUCGCCGUUGCCGUUAAAGUCGUCGUGGUCGUGUUAAAAUCGUCGCUGUCGCUGUCGUCGUCGUCGUCAUUCAAAAUUUGUCGCUUUCGUCAACGCCGGCAAUAUGUUCAAGUGCAUUCCAAUAUUUAAGGGCUGUAAUCGCCAAGUCGAGUUUGUGGACAAACGUCAUUGUUCCCUGCCCACUGUGCCCGAAGAAAUUCUACGCUAUUCGCGUACUUUAGAGGAAUUGUUCUUAGAUGCGAAUCACAUUCGUGAUUUACCCAAGAAUUUCUUCAGACUCCAUCGUUUACGGAAAUUGGGCUUAAGUGACAAUGAAAUUGUCCGUUUGCCCCCGGAUAUACAACAAUUUGAAAAUCUAGUAGAACUAGAUGUUUCACGCAAUGAUAUUCCAGACAUUCCUGAUGAUAUCAAACACUUGAAAAGUUUACAAGUCGCUGAUUUCAGUUCGAAUCCAAUUCCAAAAUUACCCGCAGGCUUUUCACAAUUAAAAAAUUUAACAGUUUUAGGCUUAAAUGAUAUGUCACUAACCACGCUACCGGCAGACUUUGGUUGCUUAACACAAUUGGAAUCGCUGGAAUUGCGUGAGAAUCUCUUAAAACAUUUACCCGAGUCCAUUAGUAGAUUAACAAAACUGAAACGCCUUGAUUUGGGCGAUAAUGAAAUCGAACAACUGCCACCUUAUUUGGGUUAUUUACCAGCUCUCCAAGAACUUUGGCUAGAUCAUAAUCAAUUACAGAAGCUACCCCCAGAAUUGGGACUCCUAAGCAAUUUGACAUAUUUGGAUGUAUCCGAAAAUCGCCUUGAAGAGAUACCCAAUGAAAUCAGUGGUCUGACGAAUUUAACCGAUUUGGAUUUGGCACAAAAUCUAUUGGAAUACCUACCGGAUGGUAUUGCCAAAUUGCAUCGUUUGACGAUCUUAAAAUUGGACCAAAAUCGUUUACAAAGACUCAAUACAAAUAUUGGAGACUGCGAAAAUAUGCAAGAACUUAUACUCACCGAAAACUUCCUAUCCGAAUUACCAGCCUCCACUGGGCAAAUGACAAAACUGAGCAAUCUGAAUGUUGAUCGCAACGCCCUCGAAUAUUUACCCAUCGAGAUUGGCAAUUGCAGCAGUUUGGGUGUCCUCAGUUUGCGAGACAACAAAUUAAAGAAAUUGCCCCCAGAGUUGGGCAAUUGCAGUGUCUUGCAUGUCUUGGAUGUGUCAGGCAAUCAAUUGCAAUAUUUGCCAUAUUCUCUGGUGAAUUUACAGUUGAAAGCAGUGUGGCUGUCGGAAAAUCAGGCACAGCCGUUGUUGACAUUUCAACCGGAUACGGAUGAGGAAACUGGUGAACAGGUCUUGACAUGUUAUCUACUGCCACAACAGGAAUAUCAACCCAUUACACCCGAUUUUCCACCCGGCCAACUUUAUCGAUCGAGUGAGAAAUUCGAUUCAACGGAAUUCCACAAUUACCAACAACAAGCACGUGACAUGGAGUCUGAUUCUGAGGGUUGGGAAGAGCGUGAACCAUCUCGCACUCAUUCGGUGAAAUUCAAUGCUGAUGUACCCACACAUGAAAAGGAUACACCAUUUAUACGCCAAAAUACACCACAUCCCAAGGAGUUGCGUGAUAAGGCCAAAAAGUUAUUGGCCACCAAGAAUCGCAUCAGUGAUAGUGGAGAUAAUUUGGAACCCUUGUCCGAGGAGAAGCAUCCCUUGUUGGUGAAACAAGAUUUCAGUUCCACCACUGUGGAGAGUACAACAUCGCCAUCUAGCAACUAUAGUAUGGAACAAUCAUUGAAGCAACCAACUCUCCACACACCGACUCAACACUUGUUAGUGAAGACUCAAACCCAGUCAUCUCAGCAACAGCACCAAAAGCAAAACAUAACACCAACUGCUGGUAUUGUGGCUAGCCAAGACACUGGUGAGCAUGAGGAGGAAGAAGAAGAGGAUGACGAAUAUGACCAAUCUGAGCGACGUGUUGGCUUUCAAGUUGAGAAUGAUGAGGAGGAGGAUUUCCGCAAUAGACCACCGAAACUACAUAGGCGUGACACUCCCCAUCAUCUCAAAAAUAAACGUGUCCAACACAGUAUCAGCAGCAAAAAAGAACAUGAGAUCUUGACCAAUGCUUUGCAACAAGAAAAAACUAAACUGCCCACUUUGGUGCAAUCGCCAAUAGCUGAAAAUCCCUCAGAUGAGCAUGAAAACGAAACGGAGGGUCAUGAAAAGAAUGCUCCUCCUCCGGUGCCCUUUGAGGCUCCUCUCUCACCCAUACUACCGCCAACAGCACAAGAACAGCAGCAACAACAAAAAUUGACAUUGCCCGCUGAUAGUGCCCAUCCAGUGGCCAUCGUAUCCGAUGAUACCAUGGACGGUGUUACGGAACUGCGUUUGGAACAAUACGAGAUACACAUUGAACGUACCUCUGCCGGCCUGGGCCUUAGUAUUGCCGGUGGCAAAGGCUCCACCCCAUUCAAGGGCGACGAUGAUGGCAUUUUCAUAUCACGUGUCACCGAAGGUGGUCCUGCCGACUUGGCUGGCCUUAAAGUUGGCGACAAAGUUAUUCGCGUUAAUGGCAUCCUUGUUGUUGAUGCCGAUCAUUAUCAGGCCGUUCAAGUGUUGAAGGCAUGUGGUGCUGUUUUAGUUUUGGUCGUGCAGCGUGAGGUCACCCGUUUAAUUGGUCAUCCGGUAUUCAGCGAGGAUGGUUCCCUAUCACAGAUUUCUGUUGAAACACGUCCUUUGGCAACAUCCAUUCCGCAAGCAACACAACAACUGCUGGCUCACGAACGCUAUAUACCCCCACCACUGGACAUAUUGCCCGAGCAACAGGAACAGCCGUUGCUGCAACAGAAACAGCAACAGCCGCAGCCGCAUUCAGCAACAAAUUUGAACAAUUAUCACGCAAAUGUUUUUACCACGCCUGGAACAACCACAACACCAGCGACAGGGGCAACAGCAGUAGUGGCAGCUCCAACAAUGACGACAGCAACAGUAACAAAAGAGCAGCCACAUCCACAAUUGCAACAACUCGGUGCAGCAUCCACAUCGACAAAUGGCAUUUUUGAAAAUGGCAAGGAUGGCCCCUUGAGUUAUAUAACACUACACACCACAUUGAUACGCGAUCAAAUUGGUCAAGGAUUGGGCUUCAGCAUUGCCGGCGGUCGAGGUUCACCAUCCUACAAAGAUGGAUGUGAUGGCAUUUUCAUUUCACGCAUAACUGAUGGUAGUCUGGCGCAUCGCGAUGGCAAAAUAAUGGUGGGAGACCGUGUAAUGGCGAUUAAUGGCAAUGACAUGACAAAUGCCCAACACGAUUCAGCUGUCCAAUGUCUGACACAACCGCAACGUUUUGUGCGUUUGGUCUUGCAGAGGGAGUAUCGUGGACCAUUGGAACCGCCGCUAAGUCCUCACAGUCCGGCGGCAUUGAAUGCCCUUAGUCCAGCGGGUUAUCUAAACAAUCGUCCGGGUAACUUCAAACGUUCCAUAGGUGACAUGAUUGACGAGCAGCAUCAACAGUAUCAACAACAACUUCAUGCUCAGUAUCAGACACAGCCGUUGGCCUAUGAUGCCAACAAGAAUAUAGCCUCACCCUCAGCCCUUUACCAUACAACAGCAACAGCAACAGCGACGGGCGCAGCAACAGCGUCUGUCAGUCCUAAUACAGUGCCUGCAACAACAGCCAAAGCCAAUGGUUUUGCCAAUGCCACAGUUCAUCAUCAGCAAACACCUCAAACACAACCACAACAAAUUGACAAAGUCACCGGCCUGCCUGUGCCAGCACCCAGACGUUCCAAUUCCAUACCUUUGGGUGAUGGUCCAGCAGAGGCAACAACUCCAUCAUCGGCAGUCCCUUCGUCGACAGCAUUGAUGGCCACACCAGCAAUGUCAUCGACCAAUCAAAAUGGCACCAUACCCCGGGGAUCAACGAGUGCAACAUCAGGUCCAGCAAGUGCCACCUCAGAACCAAUUGAAACUCAGCCACCACCCUUAAGGCCUUUGACAAGUGAAGAUUUUCAGGCAAUGAUACCGGCACAUUUCCUCAGUGGUGGAUCCCAACAUCAGGUGCAUGUGGCCCGACCAAAUGAAGUGGGUGUGGCUGGUGUCACGGUCACCGUUAAUAAACCCGUUCCCGAUAUGCCCAUGUUCCCAGCAGCUCCCACCGAAUUGGGUCGCAUUACCGAGACCAUUACCAAGUCGACCUUCACGGAAACGGUCAUGACCCGUGUCACCGAUAAUCAUUUAGCGGAGCCCCUAAUAAGUGAGGAAGUGGUUUUGCCCAAAAAUCAAGGAUCCUUGGGUUUCAGCAUAAUUGGCGGUACAGACCAUUCGUGCGUUCCCUUUGGUGCUCGUGAGCCGGGUAUUUUCAUAUCUCAUAUUGUACCUGGUGGCAUUGCCUCAAAAUGUGGUAAGCUGCGUAUGGGCGACCGCAUCCUAAAAGUGAACGAUACCGAUGUCUCACGUGCCACUCAUCAAGAGGCUGUAAUGGAGCUACUCAAGCCCGGCAAUGAUAUUAAACUGACCAUACAGCAUGAUCCAUUGCCAGCCGGAUUCCAGACAAUACAAGUAGACUAUAUACCUGUGGAGGAAAUUAUCAUCAGCAAAACUGAUGGCGAACGCCUGGGCAUGCACAUUAAGGGUGGCCUUAAUGGACAACGCGGCAAUCCAGUGGAUCCCACAGAUGAGGGUGUAUUUGUUUCGAAAAUAAAUUCCGUUGGUGCGGCCAGACGUGACGGAAGGCUUAAGGUUGGCAUGCGUUUACUAGAGGUGAAUGGCAAUUCUUUAUUGGGUGCCUCUCAUCAGGAUGCUGUCAAUGUCCUUCGCGCCGCUGGUAACGACAUUCACUUGGUCGUCUGUAAGGGAUACGAUAAAUCCAAUUUGAUUCAUUCCAUUGGUACAGCUGGUGGCAUGAGCACCGGCUUCAGCAGACAUGGUUCACGUGCCUCAGAGACUGGUUCGGAGCUAAGUCAAAGUCAAAGUACUUCCAGCCUGGAUCGUGAUGAAGAUGAACGACUAAAACAACAGGAUUUGGAAGUUUUUGCAACAAAAACUGAAACGAAUAAUGAACAGCACCAACACCACCAACAACCCAUGCCAGCAUCUGUCUCAGCAGCGCAUACAACGGCUCCAGUGCAACACACUCCACCCACCUCAAUGCCAAAGGUAGCGGAAGCCUUCAAUGUUCCACAACAGCAACAGCAGUAUCAGCAACCCUCCUUGAUGCAACAACAUGAGGCAGCUUUGGUUGCCUUAGCACAAAAUCCCGAACAGUCCUUGGCUUCCACAAAGGAAAAGAGUACUCCUGAAAAAGUACUGGAGAUAGUAAGAGCUGCUGAUGCAUUUACCUCAGGACCACCUAAAUCACCGUCGGAGCAUCAUGACCAGGAUAAAAUUCAAAAGACUACAACGGUGGUGAUAUCGAAGCAUACAUUAGACACAAAUCCAGCACUGCCAGCGGCUUCAUCGCCCACAGGCAUAACAAGUGGAGGUCCAUUGGUGGCUGCAGGUGCUGCUGGUGUUGGUGUGGGAACUGUUGCAUCGCCUACAGGCUCUGCCUCAACGACAACAACACCUUCGCCCGUUUCACAGCCGCAAACGCCACAGAGCUCAACAGUAGCAGGCAGCAGCAGUGGCAAAACAAAGUCUAAAACAGCUUCCAAAAGGGAUCCUCACUAUGAAUACAAGCAGAUGAUAAAUGAAAAGGAAAUGGAGGAGGAGGACGAGGUGGAUGUGAUAAAAGUAGAGCCUGUCUAUAUCAUAGAUGAUGAUGAUGAUGAUGACGACGACGACGAUGAUGAUGAUGACGAGGAUGAAGACGAUGACGAUGACGAAGAGGAAGGUGAACACCAUUUGGCUACUCCCUCACCUGAAACUCACCCCGACACCGAUUCUGACUUUUUUGAAAAACCCCUCCCUUCAAGGCAUUAUACCAGUGAUUCUGAAAGUGAUACCCAGAAACUACACAAAAUCAGAUUGCCGACUGCCUCGGGUCGCAGCACUCCUGAUCUAUCAUCCCCCUCCUAUGGCAAUCAGCAUAGAAAAUCCGUUAGCUUUGACCUGAGUGGUGAUGAACGCUCUCGAUCUGAUUAUGAGCGUUCCAAGACACCCGAAUAUGCCUCUUCACGCCACUAUGAAUCGGAGCAGGAAUACAACCCCUCCAAAGCACGUUUGCCACGCAAAGGUAUUUUACGCUCUGCCAGUCCUUCUUCAUCCAACAAUUCUUCGCUGGAGAAAAAACGACCCGAGAAACUACCACCCCUGGUGCCCACGGUGGCACGUAUCAAAGAGAUUGAGUCGCCCGUGGUGCAACAUGCCUCCCUCUCGAGAUCCUCUUCUCCCAGCGCCACUGCUGCAACUCCCACCCGCCUAGGUAGUCCUCCACCGCCAGCCGAGAAAGUCUUGGUAUCGCGAGAAAUCGAGCGAGACAAUCCCUUCCGUGAGGCCUUCCUGGACAAAGCACGCACCGAUGAUGAAUACACCGAAAUAGCCAAGGCCAUAUCCAAAUCGCCGCGCUCACCCAAAGAGAAUUAUUUCUUUGGUCCCAAGUCGGGCUGGAAAUCCAAUGAGGAUCUCUUGAAUUCGGAGCGGGCCAUGAGCUCAACACAACAAGCUUCCAAAUCCACAGAAAACCUCUAUAGCCAGCAAAUGAAGAAAAAGCCACCGCCUCUGCUGCCCAAACCCAAGGUGGUAAAGAAGGCCGAUUUGAUGCGCAACUAUGCCCUGGAGACGUUCCAAAACACCGAUGUGGGCCAUGGAGAUUUUGCGGUAUUCGAGCAUGAUCCCAAUACCAAUCAAAUACAUGAGGUGGCCAGGCCCACAACACCAUCAGCCGUCCAAAAAUUACCGGUAAGAGUUGCCGUAUCGCCAAAAAGUCCCAGCCGACCCAAAGACAGUCCUCCUCCUCCUCCGGUAAAUUUUGCCACCUUGCCCAAACUUCCGCCCAAAACGCAGCCGUCCCCCAAAAUCACCAUAGAGUCCGACUACAUGGAAAUCCUGCCGCCCCUUCCCCCACCAGUGCCCACAAUGUAUGCGGUGCCCUCCAUAGACGAAGUGCCGCCUUCCCAGCGCCGUCCUGCCGAUUUUAUACACGAGAACUCGCCCGAUAAUAUACUGGUCUCCGAGGAGGAGCAUCGCCAGAUUUUAUUGCAGGAAAAUGAUCUGCGUAACCAGCUGCGAAGAACGAGCAGUAAAACACAAAUACCAGAGCUGGGAGUGCCGCCUGAAAAGGCUCCACCGGUGCCUAGCAGUCAACGUCAUAUGCAACGUUUGGAUUUAAGAGUGUCUGCCGCAACGGCUGGGCCCUCAAAGUCUGGCACCCACUCCAGGGCUGUGCCAAUAAAUGCAACCACCAUCACCACUGCCAGUGCAGUAACCACCGUACAUGGCCAUCCUGAUCCCCUGUCGCCAACACAAAUCUUUCCCACAGCUCAAAUUUUACCUGUCCAAUAUUCCAAUCUGCCCCAGCCGCAACAGCCAAGUGCUGCCCAUGUGCUGGCACCGGGACAGUCGAUCAUUACUUUGCCGGCAGGUGGUGGUGGUGGUGGUUAUGUGUUGCUGCCACAAGCCUUGCUGGCGGGCGCUGGAGCUACGGGCUCGGCACACCAUAUUAUAGUACAACAACAGCAUACGCCACAAUUGCAUAUGCAUCAGCAGCGCAUAGUGAUAUCACCUGUCGACUCGUCUAUGACGACGGCAACCACAACAACAACUACAACAUCUACAACAAAAGUGCCUAAAUCAGUAUCCGAUAAAAAACGUUUCUUUGAAUCUGCCAUGGAGGACCAACACAAGCCAACCCAGAAGACAGACAAAGUUUUCUCGUUCCUGUCAAAAGACGAAGUUGAAAAGCUCAAACAAGAGGAGGAGCGUAAAAUUGCAACAUUACGCGGUGAUAAGAAUAAAUCGCGAUUAUUGGAUGAUGCCAAUAGAAGACGGCGUCAACAAGACAACACAAAUGACAACAACCAAAAGGCAGUGCAGCAGGAUGUCGAAGACAUCCAUGAUGAUGAUGAUGAUGAUGAUGAUGACGACGAAGAAACUGAAUAUGAUAAUGGGGAUGCAGUUGAUAUGCACCGUCGUCACCAGCGGCAUUAUGCAAAUAAUGGUAAUGACAAGCGGAAUACCCUGCGCGAAUGCAGUGAUGACGAUGAUGAUGAUGAUGAGCAUGACGACAAUGAGGAUCCUGAUGACGAUGACAAUGAUGCGGAAGACAUAAGAUCCGUACUUCAAGCAGUAGAAGAACAGCCAGACACUACCGUUGAAAUUCCAUCAGAAACAGCACAAAGUUCCACUAUCAGCAUCACAACUACCCCCAACACUACUGGCACAAUAUCCGCCGCUACUGCUGCUCUGCCUCCAAAGAGGACACUAAAGCCUCCCUCUGUGGUGGUAAAAGCGCGAGUUAAGCAGGCUGUUGAUGCUGCUGCGAAUGCAUUAAAGCCAAACGAAAAUAUUGUUAGACAUGAGUCAACAACAAUGGUGACAACAAGUGCUGAGCAAACGUCAAAACCGCAGGACAAGGAGCCAAAAAUGAAAAUUCCAAAAGCGAAAGCAAAGGCAAAAGUAGCAAAAGCAGCAGCAUCACCAACUUCAACAGCAUCAGACACAGAUGGUGGUGUACUGAGUGCGAAAUCAGUUAAGUUGAAGGCUCAGGGCAAUGCCAGCAUUACAUCUCCCACAGCACCCACUCUUCCUGCCACUUCGACGAUGAACGUCUCAACGAGCCAGGUGCCAGCGGAAACACCAAAACUGGCAACAAUACCAGUAACAAAGAAACCCUCAUUGUUGCCAAAGCCAAAGGUUAAAGUUGUUAUACCACCCGCUCUUUUGUACAAACAACAACAACAGCAGCAGCAGCAUCAAGACCUGGAACCGGAAGUUGAAGAAUCUACCUCACCGCCCUCUAGUCGCAUACCCGUAUUACGUUCUCCUGCCCAUGCAGAGAAAAGAGCUUCGCAAGUCUUAAAUGCCUCAAUAGACCCCAUGUCCCUAGAGACGGGCACAUCUUCUAAGGAUUCAAAGAAAGCCAAUGAUUUUAUAAACGCUGAGAAACGUGCCUCCUGGCGUGCUGCCCGUUUGCGUUCGCUGGAGAAGGGUGCCGUGGAGGCUCAAACUGUUAUCCAGAAUAUGACCAGAAUUGCCGAUGACCUGUCAACGGACCUACUUCCCACAGAGCAGGCAACAAAAAUUGUUUUUCCAAAAAUUGCCAUAAAGUCUAGUGAUGGUGCGGUCGUUAUACGUGAACGUGAAAAAAUACUCGAUGAGAAAAUUGUUCGGCGCACUGAGGAGGUGCCUUGUCCCAUAACGGGCCGUCCUCAAUUGCGCACCGUUGAGUACAUUGAAAAGAUCAUCGAAACCGAGGUGGAAACUAGUCGAGAGAAGAUAAUCUCAUUAGAGUUGCAAGACCCCGAAAGGGAGGAUACACCAAAUGCAUCACUAGUGCUAUUGCCCGAAGAGGAACAGAUGUUGUUGCUGCAACACCAACAACAGCAGCAGCAGCAGCAUCACCAUGUACCAACACCAGCAGCUACAGUUACAGAACCAUUGGAAGUGAUGCCCGUUCGAGAAGCAAGACAAGGUAAAGAGGAGCCAAGCAUAACGGAAGAAAUGCCAAUGCCUCAAGUCAGAAGAAGUGUUGUGGAAACAUUUGAAAAGUUUCACAUAACCAAGGAUGGCGAAGAGGGAAAAGAUAAAGCAAAGCUGUGCGAAGACAUUGGUGAAGUGGUAAAGACCAGCGGCAAUGAAGCAGAGUUGGAGCUGGAGGAGGCCUAUGAGGAGGAUGAGGGUGAGGAGACUGACAACGCUUCCAUUGUGACGGUACAAGCGAAUAUGGAGAAGCUGUUUCUACGCACCGACGAUGACGAUGAAUUGCCCUCCAUUGAAUUGGACAAUAUAAGCAGCACUGGUCUGUUUGGACCCUCCUCUUUGGAUAGUGUGGGCUCUUCGACCUCCACCACCAAGGUGUAUGUGCAGCCCAUUAACAUCAGCAUACAUCAGACAGUUGCCAGAGAGAUAGUGGUGCCCAAGGCGACCACCACAACCACCAUCACACGAACAACAAAGCCAGGUCAGGAUAAUGCAAUGCCAGCAAUCACCACCACAACUAGCCAAAGCAUAGUUCAAGUGGUGAAUCCUUUAAUAGCCGGUGAAGGCCAAGUCCAAAGCAUAGCCAUAAGCCGUCCCCAGCACAGUGAAUAUCCUUCAUUUGACAGAGACGAUGAUAUUGAUGCAGAGGAGUACCCAGAUGACCAACUAGAUUAUGCCUUGACUGAAGUGCAGCGCAGUGAUACCUUUGUUUUUCCCUCCACCACCCAUACCGGCACUAGCGGUAGACCUCGUGAGGAACUUUCCCUCAAUGCCAAAAUGAAAAAUGUCCUGGAGGAGCUUUUGGAAAAUGAGCGCGUAAAAUACAAUUUGCAAAAGAGUUUGGAGGAGGAGGAUGAUGAAAAAGACACCAAUGAGGCCUGUACCGAUGAUGAUGAAGAAGAAGAUGAUUUUGGCUAUCGCUAUGGUGAGGCGCAGGCGCAACUUCAUCAGACCCCUAGUGUGGGCAGCCAAGAAGAUCUCAAUGGCAACGAGCAAAGGGUCAUACACGAAUUGGUGAGGGACAGCAAUAGAAAUGCCAUUAGAAACUUACAACGACAUUUGAGAGAGGAAUCCGAUCAGGUGGAUGCUGCUGGCUCGGGUGUAAAAGCCGAGGAUGAAGAUGACAUCGACGACGAUGAAGAGGAGGAUGAUGAUGAGGAGCAAGAGGAGGAAUCCGAGUCGGAUACCGAGAGCAGUGAUAGUGAUGAUGACGAUGAGGAUGAUGAAGAUGAUGAGACCAUACACAUCAGUUUUGUCGAUGGUGCCAAAGUUAUACAGAAUCUCAAUACCAAUACCCCCAAGCAAUUGCAGAAAUCCCAAACCUAUAAUACCAUGAAAGAGGCUGCCGAAGCUAUGGAGGAACCCACGGAGAUCAAGCAACUCGAAGAGCUGCCAACUGAGCCACAAGACAAUGAAUCCCUAAUGACUUUGGAAAAACUUGUCGAGGAGCAAAAGAAAUAUGCCGAAAUAACUAAGCAAUUGCGAAAAUCUGUGGAAAAUCUACUAAUUGAUGAUAUAGUGAACGAUGAUGAUGAUGAAAAUGGUCAGAGAAAUGUUAGCAGGUCAAUGCGCAGAAUAACCUCAACUAUCAGCAGUGGCCAAUGCGAGGCUCCUUCCUCCUCCUCCUCCUCAUCCGCACAACCCUUGGACCAGCGAGUGAUUAUAACAAAAAUACCUGCACGCACCAUAACCACCACCAACACCACCUCGACAACAGAUUCCAAACAGCCCCUUACCGGUGAAUCGGGUGAGGAAAUCUUUCAACGUUUGCUAAGUGCCGGUGGAGCUCACAAGCAAAUAUUUGACCAGUUAAGCGAUGAGGCUUUAAGCAGUACCACCACCACCUGUACCGAGGACAAUGGGACCAUUGUCACUACAACAACAACCAUAUCAAAUAUAGUGACGAGUGGCAUACCAAGGGCAACGAAAACCGUACAGAAAGUAGUUCGAAGUAAGGCGGCUGCCAAGCAAAACAAUGGUUGUGGUGAUAAGCAGCAGAGCACAGGUGAUGCUGUUGAUGAUUAUCUGGGUGAUAAAGAGCACAAGCAAGAGACUCUUUCGACUCAUUCGCGCCGUGAUGAUAAUGAUGAUGGUGAUGAUGAUACGCACACUGCCGAGGGUGCUCAGGGCCAGGCUAAACGGUCAUAAGUCAUCGUCUUAAUGCAUUGUAGCUGGGAGGCUGACUAAAGCAGCAGACAAAAGAAAAAAAAAAUCGCCGCUUAUUUUUUCGCAGUCCAACGGAGUUGAUGGCCUGGCAUUUCCAUAUCAUUUUUGUUUUCCUUUCUCGUUGUUUUUCUUUUUUUCACUUUUUUUGUCUUCCUUGGCUCUUUGCCUUGUCUUUACUGACCACUGAAAUUAAGGCAUGGGGAUUUUUUUUGACCGUUGUUAUGACGUUCAACGCAUUUGUGUUUGUCAGACAGACAAGGUAUGGAUGGAUGGAUGUUUGCUCUGAAGUAUGGCCUUAAUUCUCAUUUUGACAGUGUGGAAUUUCGAUUUAACAUCAUAAAGUUGGGGAGGGGCCAUGAGGCUAAGAGAUCAGAAAAAAACAACGUGUGAAAUUCUUUUUAUUCAAAGCCGCUGUGGUUUAUAAUUCUUUGUUGUUUUCCUUUUAUUUGACUCACACACACAGAGGUUAAGUUUUUGAUUGCGACAGAUAUGCAAAUUAAUUGUGGUCGUUCAGCGUUUUCUUUUAUUUUUCUUUCAAAUCAAGGCUUUUGAUAAUUACAUUUUUUUUUGUUAAUUUGAUAAUGAACUUUAAGAUAAAGUGAGAAUUUAAGAAUAGCAGUGUCUGAGGAAGUUAAGAAGUUUAAAUGAUUUCAAAUAAAGUAUGGGUUGCCCAAAAAGUAAUUGCGGAUUUUUUAAAUGAAAGUAAAUGCAUUUUUAAUAAAACUUAGAAUGAACUUUAAUCAAAUAUACUGAGGUACUAUGCACGCCGUUCGGACUCGACUAUAAAAAGGAGGCCCCUUAUCAUUGAGCUUAAAACUUGAAUCGGACUGCACUUAUUGAUAUGUGAGAAGUUUGCCCCUGUUCCUUAGUGGAAUGUUCAUGGGCAAAAAUUGCAAAUUGCGCUUUAGUCACCCACCCCCUUUAACAUGGACUGCAUCGACCUGAAAGGCUACGCGUUAGCCAAGAUUACUGAGAGCAGUCCCCUGGUUAUCAGGCCAAAUUGUCUGCACUUUCAUUCACUUUAACUCCGCUAUGGACCGGUAUCCUAACAACGCGCAUUGUGCCAUCCUCAGGGAAGGCGUUAAUCUCGUUACACUUACGCUUUAAGACUUUUCGUAACAUUACCGUCCUGGUUUUAAUUGCCCUGAUGGCCAGUUUACUGUCUACAAAACUGAUUGGAGGCCACCGUAGAGCAGAGAUUAGCAUGUCCGCUUAUGACACUGAACGCCAGGCUUCCAAUCCUGGCGAGAACAUCAGAAACAUUUUGCAGCGGUGUUUUGCCUCUCGUAAUGCUGGUGACAUUUGUGAGUAACUAUGCCAUGUGAAACUUCUCUCCAAAAGUGGUGUCGCACUGCGGCACGCCGCUCGGACUCAGCUAUAAAAAGGAGGCCCCUUAUCAUGGAGCUUAAACUGGAAUCGGAGUGCACUCAUUGAUAUGUUAUUGUCCAUUGAUAUUCAUGGGCAAAUUUGCACUUGCAGGAUGUUCAAAUUCGACAUCUUCGCGUUACCACCACACACAUUCUGUGAUCGCUCGGUUCCCCGCCUGCAGUACCGUAUAAUGGUCAAGCAGUCGGUAACAGAUCUCAGUCCAUGGGACCUCAAUGUGGAAUUCAAGACAAAGAAAACUUUGUAAACCUUUUGAAAUAUUGGUUCAUGCAUACGCCUCUCACUCGAAAGCACACCAACUUACAUUGUGUUAAAGUCUUUUCCGUCAUCACUUUGUCCCCCACGCUC